UUGAUGUUUAAACAAUAGUUUUCACCACCACAAAUCCCUCACUUUGUUCUCACCCUCACAAUUUCCAAAUGUUAAACCGAUCUUAUCCUCCUCCCUCAUCGGAAAACACCAUUUCCAUCCACCACCACCACCGCCACCACCAGCGUCUCAACCCGCCUUCUUGCAACCUUCUUAUUCCGCUCCUCGGUCCAACAUGGAGGGGCGGGAACAUACCUCGACGGGCAAUGUCCAUCCCAACCACCACAUCAAACCAAACUCCGACGAUGACGAGGAGUACGAGGAUCUCCUAGACACCAAUCCCGACGAAACAUAUGUGAUCCAAGUCCCAAAAGACCAAAUCUAUCGGGUCCCACCCCCCGAAAAUGCCAUAUUUGCUGAACAAAAACGUGUUGCGGUCCCCGCAACAAAGUCAAUGUUUUCAGCAAAAUGCAUGUUGUUGUCAAUUGUAAUCUUGCUCCUAGUUAUAGGUCUUAUAACAGGAUUAUGUUUAUCCAUGACCGAUAAAAAGGACCCCACUUUUCGCGUUCAUCGCGUCCACGUCACCACAAAAGGUAAGGGCAAAGACAAGCAACACGAGUUCGACUUCACGUUAAAAUCCAAAAACACCAACGGUCACGCGGUUAUAUUGUUUGGAAAAGGUGGAAAGGCUUCAUUAUCUUAUAGAGACACGAGGUCCCUAGCCAAAGGUCCAUUUCCGACGUUUAAACAAGACACAAAUAGUUUAAAAUACGAGCGGUUGAAGCUCAUAAGUGGUUCGGGGAAGACAUUGCCUAAGGUGAUACAGAAGAGCAUGAAUGGUACCUCUCACAAAGCUAUUAAACUGUUAUUAGGGUUUAACGUUCCGUUGAGUUUUAAGGUUGGGGUGUUUUCAGUUAAGAGCAAAAUGUUGUCGAUAGCAUGCAAUGUUAAGGUCAAAAGGUUGACCAAACGGGCAAGAAUUUUGACUCAAGAUUGUGAUUAUUCGACUAGCUAGUUUAAAUUAGGUAUGCUAGUGAACGUAUGAUAUUAUUAUUAUUGUGGUGGAAAGGGUUGGUUUUGACUUGUUAUAAUGUGUUAGGAUUAGGGGCAAAAGAAUAGUAAUGUCAGUUUUUUACUAUCAUUAAUG